CUACGCUGUGAGGAAGGAAAGGGAAAAAAAUGCCUGAACCCGCGAAGUCAGCGCCCAAGAAGGGCUCCAAGAAAGCCGUGACCAAGAGCGCCGGCAAGGGCGGCAAGAAGAAGAGAAAGACCAGGAAGGAGAGCUACGCCAUCUACGUGUACAAGGUGCUGAAGCAGGUCCACCCCGACACCGGCAUCUCGUCUAAGGCCAUGAGCAUCAUGAACUCGUUCGUCAACGACAUCUUCGAGCGUAUCGCCGCAGAAGCCUCCCGCCUGGCCCACUACAAUAAGCGCUCCACCAUCACCUCCAGGGAGAUCCAGACCGCAGUUCGCCUGCUUCUUCCCGGUGAGCUGGCCAAGCACGCUGUGUCUGAGGGCACCAAGGCCGUCACCAAGUACACGAGCUCCAAGUAAACUGCAUCUUUACUUGAUCCCAAACAACGGCUCUUUUCAGAGCCACACAUCUCUUCUAAAGAGUACAUGUCCUGACUUUAUUUAUUUAAAAUUGUAGCUGUCAAAAUGGUGAAAAAUAAACUACAGCUUGUGUUACUGUUGUAUGCUUUAAAGGAAAAAAAAUGUUUUGUGGUCCCUUGUCUGCGAAAAGCGCUGAAUAAGUAAACUUGUGGGUUUCUCGGAAAUAAUGACGUGAACAUGAGCUUAUUGAGCUCAUCCUGGUGAGGCAAAUGUUUGGCUUCAAAUCACAAUUCUGAUCGUAAAAUCUGCUGGACAGGAUUACAAAUACAAUAAAUAAACGCGAUUUGUUUUUAGUUUCACAUUUCAAACUAUAGUGACAUCCUCUCUGUGUGUGAUCUAUCCAUGUAUUAAUCGUUUUGAUGUCAAUAAGUUUUAAUUUAGCUUCAACACUUAUGCUAGACUCUGGGUAAAACGUUAAGAGGGUGUGUGGUUUUUGUUACUAAUGCGGACACUUGGGUUUAGUUUGAAAUAAAAAUGUGAACUCGA